AUGCCAAAAGCAACAUUUAAAAUAUUAUUAAUAGGAGAAACUCAGGUUGGUUGCUCGACAAUAUUAUCUCAAUUUAAAAAAUCCUAUGCCACAGAAAAAAAUGAAAAUAAAUUUGGAACAUUGAAUAAAAAUAAAGAAAAACCUAAAGAAGAAAAAGAUAAAGUUGAAGAAGAAGAGAUAAAAUCAUUUAAACAAAUUGUCUAUCAUGAAAAUACAAAAUAUAUGUUAGAUAUUAUAGAUCAUAAAUUCAUAAAUCAAACUAUAGAAGAAGGACAAGAACAACAAGAACAACAAGAACAAAACACAAAUUUACCAUUUGAAGAUUUUAUUAAAGAAUUUCAUGGAUUUAUAUUGGUUUAUGACAUAACAAAAUUAUCAAGUUCAAAGAAAUUAAAAGAAAUGUACGAAUUGAUUAAUAAAAACAAUCAUUGUAAUUAUAGAUCAAUUUUAUUAAUUGGUAAUAAGAAUGAUUUAAAAGAUGAAAGAGAAAUAACUUAUAGUCAAGGUGAAGAAUUUGCAGAGAAUUUUGAUUGCCUGUUUUCUGAAAUAUCCUCAAAAGAUAUGAUUCAACUUGAUUCUGCUAUCACCUCUUUAAUUACUGAUUUGGUAACAAAAAGGUAUGAAAGUAUGACAAUUACAAAACAAUCUUCCUCAAAAAGUAAAAAAAAAUUCAUAUUACCUUUUAAAAGUGGUUUAUCAAAUAGAAAUUGUAAAUUUAUGUAA